GCUGUUCGACUUGCUUCCCUUUGUUUUAGGCUUCUUAAGGCCUACGAACCACUGUGAAGCAGUUUGCAUUUGUGGGCGUGCUCGUUUUUCGUCAGUCCACUUUGCAGCUGUAGCGCGACACUCCCUCUCCAGCGCCCUUCAGCCUAUGCCGGCUUGUGCUUUGGAGCGCGACACCGCUAUGGAAUAGGAUUCUGGCGGUUCAGGAGCGUCGCCGUGGAGUUGGCGACAUUUCGCUUGUCGGCAUUUUAACAUCUCGGCGAGCACCACACUUCACCAGCUUGGAGCAGGCGGCGUAUCAACCUUUGUGGUUGGUCAUUUGCAUCCGCGCGUGCUGCAGGGUGCUUUGGGUGUGGCGGUCGGGGGAGCCCUGCAGCUCUGUUUUUUUGGGGUGUGGCUCGUCUUCGUGCCCUUGUUGCCUGGUGCCUGGUUGCCUGGCGCCCGCCCUGCUGUGAUGCCCUACUUGGCAGCGGACCGCACCCCUGCAGGUGGGGGCAACGCUGCCAGCCCGUUCUUCAGCCCGGGGCUGCAGCUCCACCUUGCCCUGUCCACGCAUAGCCUGGCGCACGGAGUGCAGGACCUGACGACUCAGCCCCAGGGCCCCAGCCUGCCUACCUACCCAGUCCUUCUGGGCAACCAGCCGCAGCUCUUGCAGGGCCACUCUCUGCACAGCACAGGCCGCCCCUCCCGCACGUUUGCGGGGCUGGCCUUCAGCCGGCGCGCGACCAGCGCCAGCAAAGCAGCCUUCACAGCGGAGCUCAUGCGCAAGUCGCCGCUGGCGGUACCGCUCCAGCGCGGUCAGGCUGUCCUCAUGGUUCACGUGCCAGUGGACACCCGGCCCAUCAUUCCGGGCACCUACACCGUCACGGUCAAGAUGGUAGGGGGCCCUGUGUGGGGGGCUUUCCGCGGUCGCACCAAUUUGGUGCUGCAGGCGGGCGGCUAUCCCACCACCUCGGACCCCUCUAACCUGGCAUGUGCUUAUGUGGUCUCAGAGCAGUGCGCCAGAUCGGUGGGCCCCAAGGGGGAGCCCCAGGCCCCCGCAGGCCAGGGCAUCACCAACCACAUCUUUGCCUGUGUGCGGGGCCCCAUCUGGGACCCGCAGCUCUCUCACCUGCACUGUGCCAAGUUUGAGAUGCCCGGUGAGGAGCCCAUGCAGGUGGAGGUCCGUGGCGCCCCCCAGGCGGCUGGGACGGCCACGACAGCUGCGGCAGGCAGCCCUACUCCGGCUGCAGCUGGGGUCACCGACCUGGGUGGCAACACCUUGGGUGGGGUGCGGCCCGCGGCUGCCAUGGCGACCGCAGCGGACAUCGUUGACCACGUGGGGGACGUGCAGAUGCAGGAGGCAGCGGGUUUGGGUGACGCGGCGGCUGCAGCUGGUGGCGCCAGCGGGCCAUACAGCGGGGCCCCGCCCCCGGUGCCAGUUCUGGUGGCGGGGGGAAGCAACCGUGCUGCUGCGGCUGCCCUGCGGGCCGCGCUGCAGCAGCAGCCCUCUUCACAGCAGCGGGUGGCAGCGGGAGGGCUUAGCGGGGUCCAGCCGGUGGCAGGCGUGGGGGGGCCGCCAGCGGCCAGGCCUCGCCCUGCCGGUGCUGGGCCGGCUGGCGUGCAGCAGCAGCACAGUGGCGCUCCCGCGCCACGGCCGCCCUUGGAUCAGCAGGCAGCCGCCGGGCAGGAGCAGGAGCAGACCGCUGUGAUGCGGCGGUACUUGGCCGAGCUGGCGGACCUCAAUCUCCAGCAGCAACGGCGGUUACAGCAACAGCAGCAGCAGGAGCUGCAGCGCCAGGGGCAGUCGCCCAGGCCCCGGACCAGCUCCCAGGUUGUGGUCCUGGCCACGCUGGGGGGACAGGACGGGGCGGGCGGUGGCACUGGCACGGCGGCGUCACGGCGUGGGCAACGUGUUGACAUAGUUGACCACCUCUGGUGGCGGGGGGAAGCACCGGUGCUACCGGGUACCCGUGCUGCUGCGGCUCCCCUGAGGGCCGAGCGGCAGCAGCAGCCCUCUUCACAGCAGCGGGUGGCAGCGGGAGGGCUUAGCGGGGGGCAGCCGUCGGCAGGCGUGGGGGGGCCGCCGGCGGCCAGGCGUCGCACUGCCGAUGCUGGGCCAGCUGGCGCGCAGCAGCAGCCCAGUGGGGCUCCCGCGGCACAGCCGCCCUUUGAUCAGCGGGCAGCCGCCAGGCAGGAUCAGCAGCUGGCAGCUGCCAUGCAGCGGUACUUGGCCUACAUGGCGGACCUCCAUCUCCAGCAGCAACGGCGGGUACAGCAACAGCAGCAGCAGGAGCUGCAGCGCCAGGGCGCCACCGUACCGGACUGGGCCGUCUGCCGCGUGCCGGCCGGCCGUACCGCCGUCCUGGCACAGCUGCGCGAUGAGUUCACUGGCUGGUGGCGCCUAUACUCAGCCCAGCCUGCAGACACGCCCCUGCCUUCCGACGUGACGGAGCAGCUGGAUGACGCCGCGCAGCAGGUGCAGACGGCCUACAUGGACUACGUGCUCCUAGACGCCCGCACCCUGCGGUCCGCUAAGCGUGGGCCGGCGGACCCCGGCGGGGCCAGCGGGCCCAGCCGCCGGCAACGCCAGCACCGCAGCCGCAGUACCUCCAGCCUCAUGAGCCUGGGCAGCGCUCCAUUGCGCCCCGGCGGCGCCAGCUCAGGCGCCGCUAGCAUGAGCACCAGCAGCGGCGGCGCGCCCCCCAGCCAGGGUGGCGGCCGCCGCGGCAAACGCCACAGCAGCAACAGCAACCGCAACCGCCACGGCGCUGCCGUGGCCGGUGCCCCGCAACUUGCCAGCCUCCUCGCCCAGUUCAGUCUGGUGGACCCUUGGGCGAGCAAGCGUGGCGGCGCCAAGGGCUACACGCAUCCGGCCACGCCCAAGCCGGCCACUCCCGCACGCCUGGAUCGGUGGUAUGUCAGUGCCACCGCGGCGCCGUGGGUGGUGGAUGUCGCUCGCACGUAUGGGGCGCCUGGGGACCACAACGGUGCGCUGCUCACCCUGUCCUUGCCCGACCUGCCACAUGCGCACCGGGAGCAGUGGCGCUUCCCCACGUACCUGCUGUUUCACCCGUCGCUGCGAUUGGAGCUCGAGCAGCGCUUGGAGGCGCACGUUGCCGCAAAUCCCGUGGCCAGUACAGGUGACGGCGCUUGCACGCAAUGGGAGGCGGACAAGUUCUUCUUGCGGGAGGCCGCCACCAGCAUCCACCGUCGGCAUGCACGCCAGACCCGGGAUGGGCUGCAUGGCGUGGUGCUGGCCGCAGACGCGGCCGCUGCCCUGGCCGACCGGCCGGGUGCCAGCACCGCGCAGCGUCAGGCUGCGGCCAUGGCCAACUUGGCGGGGAGGGAGGAGCGGGCAGCUGCCGCAGCGGCCAGCCACAAUGCCCGCGCUGCACUGAUGGAGGAACAUGGGGAGCGGGGCACUCGCUGGUUCCAUCGGCAGGCUGACGAGCCAGCAGCCGGCGCACAGGAGCCCAUCACGCACUUGAAGGUGCCGGGGCAACCGGCGCCUGUGGCGCUCACGGGGCCGGGCACGCGCAACACUGUCUCCGCAGCCGCCGCAGCCAUGUACAGCAGCACCAGCCCCACCGGCCUGUUCCGCGUGCAGCCUGUCUGUACGGUGUCGCAGCAACAGCUUCUGGCGGCCAUUGACCGCAAGGUUCCGGCGGAUCUGCAGGCCGCCGCAGAGGGGUCCGGUGACGGCGCCCUCAGUGAUGCCGAGCUGAUGGCAGCGCUGGCUGGCUCCGCCAAUGGUAAAGCGCCUGGGUCGGACGGGGUCCCGUACGAGGUGUACAAGGUUUUCUGGGCGCUGCUGGGUCCGCGCUUGUGUGCUGCUGCUGCCGCUGCCUUUGCUGCCGCUGCAGACGCCCGCGAUGGCGGUGCAAUGGCGGCGGCGCUGCCCGCCUCCUGGCGGGAGGGCAUCAUCACGCUCAUCUACAAGGGCAAAAGCCUGGACCGCGCCGAGCUGGCGUCCUACCGGCCCAUCACGCUGCUCAAAUGCGACUUCAAGAUGGUGUCCAAGGCCGUCAGCGCCCGCCUGCAGCCCGCCCUGGAUGCAGUUGUGGGUGAGCUGCAGACCGCGUUCAUCACCGGCCGCUGGAUUGGAGACAACGCGCUGUACCUCCAAGGCCUGAUCGAAUGGAUGCGCCUGGACGUGGGCGCGGACGGCACGCCACGGCAGGGUGGUGCGCUGUACUUCUUGGACAUUGAAAAGGCGUAUGACCGGGUGCACCGGCAGUGGCUGUAUGCGUCCGCGGAGGGACUUGGGUUUGGGCCGCGCAUGCUGCGCUGGAUCCGCCUGCUCACUGCCAACGGCUCUGCCCGCGUGUGUGUGAACGGGAUGCUCUCUGACGCCUUCCCGGUGCUGAACGGCUUGCCGCAGGGCAGCACCGCCUCUCCACCCCUGUGGGUCAUCCAGAUGCAGCCACUGACGUCCUUUCUGCGGCGGCAGGUGGAGCAAGGGGCACUGCGCACGCCCUUGUUACCCAGCGGCGAGCAGGCACCACCUGCUGCCCACCACGCUGACGACACGACCCUCACGGCGCGCGACCCGGCGGUGGACGGGCCGGUCCUGAUGGCGGCAGUACAGCUGUUCUGCCGCGCGUCCAACGCCCGUGUCCAUCCGGACAAGAGCAAGGCCAUGGGCCUUGGCAGGUUUGCGCACCUGACGGGCCCUUGCCCACACACGGGUGUGCCGUUUACCACUGGCGCCGUGACGCACCUGGGUGUGCCCCUGUCGUGGGACUCUGAUGCGGCUGCAGCUGACUUGUAUACCCGGCGGGCUCGCGGCAUGGCGUUUGUGGCGCGACUGUGGGCUGCCCUGUCUCUGACUCUCGUUGGCCGUGUGCACAUUGCGAAGCAGGUGCUGGCGGCGAAGCUGGCCUACCACUUCAGCUUCCUCAACCCGUCGCCUGCGCAGCUGAAGGAAUUCACCGACCUGGUGGACCACUCUGCUGCGCGCUCCAUGCACGCUGGGGACGCCAGUCUGGUGUCGCACGGGAACCCGCUCCUGCUGCCAAAGCGGGAAACGGCCUGUCUGCCGUACAAGGAUGGGGGUGUCAAAGAUCUCGGUCUGGGUGUGCUGCUUCUCGGUCGGCGGGGCAAGGGGAGGCACGUGGGGAACUUGGUCGCAAUGGGUCGCACGACAGGUGCUUAUGUGUGGUCUCGGUGGGAUGUGGGUGGGGUCUCGGCCACGGGUCUCGCGCCGGCUCACACUCUUGCACAGGCAGUGUUCUAGGGCCCGAUGUAGAGACAUGGCGGCUAGGCCAUGGAAAAGAACACCAGAACUGUCACACGGCGCAUGUAGGGGCAUCCUAGGGCAUCUCCCCAGCCACCAGGAGGCCUCUGGACAGGCCCGAAUCAGAAGCAGCCAUUCAUAUGACACCAUUCGGGAAGCUUUCGGGUUCACAUCGUCAGUCCCGGUGAGCGCGACUUUGUCAGAAAGUCCCGGUGAGCGCGACUUUGUCAGACAAUCAACCGGCGCGGCGGAACGCUCUGAGCCCCAAUCCAAAGGCUCAACGUAUGUUAACGAACAAUAUGGGGUAUUAAUGUGUCUAGGCUGAGUCGGGAUGUAGGGAAUUCGUGCGGUCGCGGCACUGAGUCCGACCGGUUGCAAGGUUUUUCAAAAUUUUGAAAAUUCACAAAUUAAAGGCUAAUAAGACAAACCCACAAGUGCAUUGCGUAGCAAACUUGCGACAAAAACGGAAGCUAAAUCCAGAACCUCGCGAAGACGCUCGCGUCCAUAUUUGCUCGCAAUGGGCACCGCCUGUAAAUGAUUUUCUUUCUCCGCACUUGUAACGGGCACGCCAAGAAACUUCGGAAAACUGUUGAAGACGGGCUUCGGUCUGCACGAGUUCGCGGCUCAUUAAUCGCGCUAUUGAGGAAGUAGGGCAAAACAAUGAAAUCGCGCUCCUGUGGCGAGCUCGUAAAACGGGCGCGACUUUGGCGGUCUGUGUAACACGGCCUACCCGAUGCCAUCGAGCCCGGUUCUCCUCGGCGGCUAUUCGCGAUAGUACUGCAUGUGACCCAGGGUCGGUUUCAAAGGUCCAUUUCGUCCAUAUACCCUGGCAGCAUAAAGGCGGCCCCGGUACGGGGGCCGCUGCUAGACGUCUGUGUUGUGGGUUUGGAUUUGGUUUGGAUCUUGUGGGGUCCGAAAUCGUCGCUGGCGCUCGCUCUCGCUCGGCAUUUCAGUUUGAGUGUACGCUACAAUUACGUUGCGUCUGAAGAAUUAAUUCGGGAGGAUAACAAUGUGGAAUUUACUCGGUGGAAAAU